GUGCUGACUAUUUGUUCAGGGAUCACUCUUGGUGGGGCUCAGGGAACCAUCUGCAGUGCUGGGGAUUGAACCUGCUCAGCUUUGUGCAAGCACCAAGGAUCACCACAGCAUCUGGCAGUCUGUGACACUGUGGAGGUGCAGUGAGCCCUCAGUCAUUUUUUGGUUAUCCCAGCCUGGCCCUGCACUCAGGGAUCACUUCUGGGAAUCCGGGGUCAAGCCAGCACGUGCAAGGUACACAGUUUCUCCUAGCAUGACUGCCAUCUGAUUAGCAACCACAAGAAUUUGACUUCUGUGUCUGGUGCCGUUGUGCUGGGGCUUGGUCACUGCCCACAACUAGAGAGCUGCCAUGGCCACUGCCUCUACUUCCACCCCUGUGAUUUCACAGCCCCAGUUCACGGCCAUGAAUGAACCUCAGUGCUACUACAAUGAAUCCAUUGCCUUCUUUUAUAACCGAAGUGGAAAGUAUCUUGCCACGGAGUGGAACACGGUCAGCAAGCUAGUGAUGGGACUGGGAAUCACUGUCUGCAUCUUCAUCAUGUUGGCCAACCUCCUGGUCAUGGUGGCAAUAUACGUCAACCGCCGCUUCCAUUUUCCUAUUUAUUACUUAAUGGCUAAUCUGGCGGCUGCAGACUUCUUUGCUGGGUUGGCCUACUUCUACCUGAUGUUCAACACAGGACCCAAUACUCGGAGACUGACCGUCAGCACGUGGCUCCUCCGUCAGGGCCUCAUUGAUACCAGCCUGACAGCAUCUGUGGCCAACCUAUUAGCUAUUGCCAUUGAGAGGCACAUUACCGUCUUCCGCAUGCAGCUCCACACACGCAUGAGCAAUCGGCGGGUGGUGGUGGUGAUUGUGGUCAUUUGGACAAUGGCCAUCGUGAUGGGUGCCAUUCCCAGUGUUGGCUGGAACUGCAUCUGCGAUAUUGAUAACUGUUCCAACAUGGCACCACUUUACAGCGACUCUUACUUAGUGUUCUGGGCCAUUUUCAACUUGGUGACCUUUGUGGUAAUGGUGGUGCUCUAUGCUCAUAUCUUUGGCUAUGUUCGCCAGAGGACUAUGAGAAUGUCUCGGCAUAGCUCUGGGCCCCGGCGGAAUCGGGAUACCAUGAUGAGUCUUCUGAAGACUGUGGUCAUUGUGCUUGGCGCCUUUAUCAUCUGCUGGACUCCUGGAUUGGUCCUGUUACUUCUUGAUGUGUGCUGUCCGCAAUGUGAUGUUCUGGCUUAUGAAAAAUUCUUCCUUCUGCUUGCCGAGUUCAACUCUGCCAUGAACCCCAUCAUCUACUCCUACCGCGACAAGGAGAUGAGCGCCACCUUCAGGCAGAUCCUCUGUUGCCAGCGCAAUGAGAACGCCAGUGGCCCCACAGAAGGCUCCGACCGCUCAGCUUCCUCCCUCAACCACACCAUCUUGGCUGGAGUUCACAGCAAUGACCACUCUGUGGUUUAGAAGGAAACUCAGCGAAGAAGCCAGACAUCAUGGAUUGACAUGUGAAUAGUCUUCCCCGACCCGACCUGAAUGCCAGGGCAAGGUUGGGUGUGAGAAGGAGCGGAAAGAUAAACUCAUGUACUUAAAACACUAACCAAUGGCAGUAUUUGUUCCUAGAGCCCCACAAGACUUGAUAUAUAUUGGACGUUAGUUUAUGUGAGAACCCUCAUCCUGAUCCUUUUGGAAGUAGCAAGUGGAGAUUUUGCAAUGGAAUUUACAUAUGGACUCUGCAGUGCACAUUUAGAUGACACUAACUAGACUUCAAAAGAUUCCUUUGUGGUUUGGUACAGUCAGAACGAAUUCUGACCAGUUGAAUCUCUAACUUCAUUUACAGACAAGCUUCCCUUGUUUUUAAUGGAUAUGUUUCAUUUAAUAAACAUGUUUAUACCUAUCAGCAUGCUUGUGAUAAGAAUAUAAACUUUUUCUAAAAUGUCAUAACUCCAUUUUGUCUUACAUCAGAAAACUGUAAAUUAAAAAAACUUUUUAGAACACAUGCAUGUAUUGUAUGAAUGCAAUAUGCCUUAAAAAAGAUAAUAGAGUAUUAAUUUUAAAUCUUCUCGGAAAUAGAAGAACCUAGAUGUUAAAGCCAGUGUUCGUUUAGGUUACGAAUCAGACAAUAGUAUAAUCACAUUCUUACCAUUUUUUGUUAAAGUGUUGUGACAAUUAUAAAAUAGGAAAUGAAUGUAAAAUAUUACCAAAAGAAUACUACUCUAAAAGUCCAUAAAAGGUAAUGCAUAAUAAUAUUGCUCCUAUAUAUUUAUCAUACUUAUGAAAUUUUUAAUCACAUCAGAGAAUUUUUAAUAGCCUUGUUUCCUGUAUUAUAAAAUAAUACAUAUUCAUUAUAAAAAUCUUGGAAACUCAAGUGUAUUAAGCAGAAAAAUAAUAACUGAUAACACACCCCAGUAACCACCAUUAAUAGCUUCCUCCCUGUAUGUCCCUAUAUGUAUAUUCUAUACCAUUUUAUAUCAUUGGGAUCAUGCUACAAGCAAUUUUAUAAAUACAUUUUUCUUUCCACUACAGAAUAGCCACAUUUUGUUAUGGCCUUGAAAUUUUUGCAAAACCAUUUUUGUAUUUAAUGAACACAAAUCCAUUUAUUUUACCAUGCUCAUCUUUGUAGACUAUUUCGGCUAUUUCUAAUUUUCACUAUUAUAAGUAAUCUUAUAACAGUUUUGUCUAUAAAAAACUUUGUCCAUGGAAUUGAUUAUUUAGCCAGGACAUAUUUCCAUGAAGGAUUUUUUUAAAUGUGAAUUUUUCUUAAUUCUCUUAUCUUUUGUGAAAAGGUUUUCUGCUUCUAACUGCAUGAGUCCUAGCUGUGAGGAAAGCCAAUUAAAUAACUUUUGCUUUUUUUUUUUUACCUUUAGAGAGGAAAUACUGUGGUAACUUUUGUCAAGAGUAACUUUUUAUAAUAUAGUAAGGUGGAAUAGAAAGAAUCAACUAUUCCAAAUAUAGUUCCUAAAUUAAUAUCUCUAGUAGUUCUAAGUUUUGUUCGAAGAACCAGUUAUUCAACUCUUUCUAGCCACAACUGUAAAGUAGAAUUGAUGAAAUGUAAAGAAAUCAAAUGUGCCAAGUGAAUAAAGGAUUAUCAUAUCAAAACCUUGGGAUCCUUCUAUAGACAACAGGAAUGAGUAUGUCCUUAUGUGACUGGAUUCUGUCAGAAUGUGAUUAGGAACCACCGCCCCCCCCCCCAUUGACCCCUGCCAUGUUGGAGGAUUCCAGUUUGAUGCAUUGACCAGGAAAACUAGCAAUUGUACCCCUUUAUUUUUUUUAAGUAACCUAUGAAGUCAUAGUGAUGGGAGAUGUGGGAAAGUCAGAGAUGUUUAGGAGAAUGAUGUUUAGAAGAAUGGCUGUCUCUGAAGUGGACGGUCAGUCUUGAAAGAGAGGGCAUAUUUGUAAAGUGUUCACAGUGAAAAGAAUGUGGCGAGCCAGUUUACCAAAAAAGGUUUUUGCACGUACUUUUUUUUUACGAAAUACAGAGCAUUUUUAUAUCGGAAAUGAAGGAAAUGAACAUGGGUUUUCUUUUUCCUCAUGUGAUAAUAUUCUGAAGGAGAUAUGGACUAUUUGAAAUUGAAAGCAUACUAAUACUAAUUGGACCAUAAUAAAUCAUUCUUAAUCCGUG